GAAAUGUAGUUUACUUUUUCCGAGUGGCGGCGAAGUAAGCCAAUGGGAAGCUCCACAAUAAUAAGCAAGGGGGCGGAAGACGUAAGUGCGUCACGCAGAGCAUCUCGGGAAUUGUAGUGUGUUUCUGCAAGCCAAUGGGAUCCGGGGAAACAGGAUAAGGAUGCGGUCGAGGCUGGGAAUGGGCUGAGGGAGCCGGAGAGGGUGGGACCUCGCAGAAGGCAGAUCCAAUAAACAGGAAGAUUUUUCUCGUGACGUCGUCGGCGCGCGCCGGAAGCGCGAAUCACACGGGCCCCUACACGGCUGGCCACAAGGAUGGCAGGCUUCGCGGAGCUCGGGCUGUCAUCGUGGCUCGUGGAACAAUGUCGGCAGCUGGGUUUGAAGCAGCCCACGCCCGUGCAGCUCGGCUGCAUCCCAGCCAUCCUGGAGGCCUUUGCUCAUUCCGGUCCCACGAGGCGAAGGGCAACCUCGGACGUUACAGGAGAUCCGGGAUUCCGGAGGACGACUGGACAGUGUUGGCAUUUAGGUCGAGACUGCUUGGGCUGUGCCAAGACAGGCAGUGGGAAGACAGCAGCGUUUGUCCUUCCCAUCUUGCAGAAGCUGUCUGAGGAUCCCUAUGGCAUCUUCUGCCUCGUCCUGACACCCACCAGGGAGCUGGCCUACCAGAUCGCAGAGCAGUUCCGGGUCCUGGGGAAGCCUCUAGGGCUGAAAGACUGCAUCAUCGUCGGUGGCAUGGACAUGGUGGCCCAGGCGCUGGAGCUCUCUCGGAAACCGCACGUGGUCAUCGCCACGCCAGGGCGCCUGGCAGAUCACCUGCGCAGCUCCAACACUUUUAGUAUAAAGAAGAUCCGCUUCCUGGUGAUGGAUGAGGCAGACCGGCUGCUGGAACAGGGCUGCACUGACUUCACCGUGGACCUGGAGGCCAUCCUGGCAGCCGUGCCAGCCCACAGGCAGACACUGCUGUUCAGCGCCACGCUGACCGACACGCUCCGGGAGCUGCAGGGCCUGGCCACCAACCAGCCCUUCUUCUGGGAGGCACAGGCCCCGGUGAGCACCGUGGAGCAGCUGGACCAGCGCUACCUGCUGGUGCCUGAGAAGGUCAAGGACGCCUAUCUGGUCCACCUGAUCCAGCGCUUCCAGGAUGAGCACGAGGACUGGUCCAUUAUCAUCUUCACCAACACGUGCAAGACCUGCCAGAUUCUGUGCAUGAUGCUGCGCAAGUUCAGCUUCCCCACCGUGGCUCUGCACUCCAUGAUGAAGCAGAAAGAACGCUUUGCCGCCCUAGCCAAGUUCAAGUCCAGCAUCUACCGGAUCCUGAUUGCAACAGACGUGGCCUCCCGGGGCCUGGACAUCCCUACGGUACAGGUGGUCAUCAACCACAACACCCCUGGGCUCCCCAAGAUCUACAUCCACCGAGUCGGCCGGACAGCACGUGCAGGGCGGCAGGGUCAGGCCAUCACGCUGGUGACACAGUAUGACAUCCACCUGGUGCACGCCAUUGAGGAGCAGAUCAAGAAGAAGCUAGAGGAAUUCUCCGUGGAAGAGGCCGAGGUGCUACAGAUCCUCACGCAGGUCAACGUGGUGCGAAGAGAGUGUGAGAUCAAACUGGAGGCGGCCCACUUUGACGAAAAGAAGGAGAUCAACAAACGGAAGCAGCUGAUCCUGGAGGGGAAGGACCCUGACCUGGAGGCCAAGCGCAAGGCCGAGCUGGCCAAGAUCAAGCAGAAGAACUGGCGCUUCAAGGAGAAGGUGGAGGAGACGCUGAAGCGACAGAAGGCCGGCAGGGCUGGCCACAAGGGGCGUCCACCCAGGACCCCGCCUGGGUCCCACUCAGGCCCAGUCCCCUCCCAGGGCCCAGCCUGAGCCCCACACGGCCAUCUGCCCAGUCCUGGACUCCUCCAUGGAGCUGAGGGUUGGAGGAACCUUCCUUGGGGGCAGCGGCCCUUCCCGGGGGCCUACCCAGUGCCCCGCAGCGGAACCUGUGGGCGCUCAUGUUGCACGGGCCCUGCUCCUCUGCCCCGAAACCACUGGCUGGCCCCUUCCCCGAGCCUUGGCCAAGAUUCAGGCUGCAGGGGAAGAAAGAACAUGACCGGGAGGUUGUGACCCCAACCCAAGGUCACCCCCCAGGGGUGCCGCAUACAGGAGGUGCUCAAUAAACGGGUCUUUUGACUUCCUCA